AUGUACAAGUCGUUUCCAUCAUUUGUGGUGCCUUGGUUCAAGCGUAAAGAUUCCGGCAAUGAUAAGCCAUUGAGGGCGGAAGAUGUGCCCACCAGUUUCACCAUGCCUGUUCAGAAGCUGGACGGGGCGGGCGUGAAGCUUUUGAACGUGUCGAUGAACGACCUGGAGGAUGCUUUUGUUGAUAUUAGUUGCCGCCAGCUUCUGUAUGCUGAGGCGGCGCAAAUGGGAGUCGAAUGCCCGGGAUCAAAUGUGGGAUUGCCCGAGGUAAGAACGGGGACCAAGUCUCCAAAGGGUAACAAAAAGGCGCGUUCCCAACACGAGGAUGCUGAUUUGGGCCAAUCUGUGGUUUUUGCCGAGAAACUCAAGUCUGACGCUGCGUACAGAAACAAGAACAAGCACAAGAAACGGAGAAAGUAG